AUGAUGGGGAUGGUGAAAUUGACGGAUUUGCCGGUGGGUACGGUGACAAGAAUUACGAUGGCGACGAUUAUGAUGUGGAGGGGGAUUAUGGGGAGGAUUUUGCCCCCAUUUUGAAAAGUUUGGCGGUUCCUGGGACUAAAUAUGAAUACCUAGAUCACACAGCUGAUGUUCAAAUCCAUGCCUGGGGCGACACUUUGGAAGAAGCAUUUGAGCAAGCAGCUGAGGCUAUGUUUGGUUAUAUGACGGACAUUAGCACUGUUGAACAGUGUGAGAGCCAGACCAUAGAGGCAGAAGGUGAUGACAUGCAAUCUCUGCUCUUUCACUUCUUAGAUGAAUUUCUCUUUUUAUUCUCAGCAGAGCCUUUCUUCAUCGCUAGGAGAGUUGAAAUUAAAACGUUUGAUAGAGAAAAUUUCAAAAUAGAGGCCGUUGGACAUGGCGAGCCAUUUGACAUCGCGAAACAUCCACAAGGCACUGAAGUGAAAGCCAUCACCUACUCCAACAUGCAAGUCUAUGACGAAGAGAAUAAGCACGAAGUCUUUGUCAUCAUCGAUAUUUAGCGGCAGUAGUAGUACUAGUAGUAGCAUUAGCAGCUACAGUAGUAGUAGUGGUAGUAGUAGUUUUCGUUAUGACCGAUCAUUUAGCAGAUGAUAAUUUUAUUUUGUUCUGGAGCAGAUGUAGGCAAACUACAAAAAAAGGUCGUCGUCGGCUAGAAAAUAUCUCACAAAAAUUCUCCCCCGGGUCAAAAAAUACAUAUGCGGCCCUUCAAAGGUAAAAUAGUUCUCAAUGCGGCCCUCACUGCAAAAAGUUUGCCUACCCCUGUUCUAGAGCAUUCUUUUAGUUUGUCUUUUAGAGAUUAAUAGUGAUAAUAGCUAUGUUAUUAUUUUUACUGUAUUACUACUAAGGCGUUGGUACUACGUAUGAUUUUAAACGAAGUCAGUUUUUAUAUUCAUUAUAUUUUCUCGGCAGAAUGACACAUUGAAACUUCACAAGAAAUUAACUAGUUGAAUAAUUCACUAAUGUUUAAUUAUCUUAGUUUAAUUGAUGAAAUGUUAGAAAUUGUGAAGAGAUUCGAUAGGAAAACACAAACAAAUGAAUACUAGUAAUGAUUAUUACAUAUACUUGAAUCAACCAAACUAAUUAAUUAAUAAACUAAUUAUCUUAUUACCCAAUUGAUACAAUUUAAAUUUAAUAGACAAAUCUUAUACUUUUCAAUAAAGCAAAACUCGCGU